AUGCUUCAUGAAUCCCCAUUCUACCCUAAACAAAUGGACCCGGUCCAGCACCCACCGGAAAACUAACGAUCCAAACAGAUAUAAGUAAACAAACCACCCAUCCCAACAACGAUGACUGUUCGUUCCAGAGCUGACUCUCCGCUCCGCGUGCAACGACUUGUCGACCAAGCACGUUUAUUUUUCCAAGCAGAGAUUUUCCAGAGCUACAACUACGACCGACGCACCUUUGCGCGCUGAAAGCCAGUCACAUGGUUUUCCAGACACUCGCUCUCACGCGCAAGGGUUUUUCUCUCCCAUUCGUUCUCACAACUCAACAGCAGCAACAGCAGCUGCUGGACCAGCUGCGACUUCGGUGGAAAAUGGGCGUGAGUUCCUCAGCUUCCCACCGUGGAGUUGCUGCCGACAACGCCGAAAGGACGAGCGAGAGUUCAGUCGAUUUUCGUCGGCCGAGCUGAAAACGUUGGUUUUCCUGAAUCUCACCUUUUAACGCUGUGUAUUGUUAGCAACCGCACCAAUUGUUGAAAAGCAACCAAAACCAGAAGCAAGCAGUUUUCCUGGCUGGAAAAAAAUUGGGAACCAAGCCACGCCGCGCCGCUCUUUCUCCUAUCUUUUUUCCGGCUGCUUGAUUCCGGGCUUGAACCGCCUAACGCGCGCGCGACCACCGUUCUCUGUCUCUGUCGAAGUUUGUGUUGAGGCUUUCUACGGCCCCGAAAGCUUCCCUGCUAUCCGCUUGGUUCAGUUUCGCUUUUGGGAUAUUUAUCGCGAGCAGCAGCAGGAGCUGCCGAGCAACUUCAACAACAAACCGGAAGUCUUAAUCGUCGAAGCGGAAGCGCUGUCAGUUGUUUGCUUCCGGUAGUCUUCAGAGUUGCACGGUUGCCUGGUUUGGUUGGAGUUUUUGUGCUUGGCGCUGGAUCGGGGUCUCCGGAUGCCAAAGGAAGCAGGAAGAGGAAGUCUAUCUAGGCGUGUCCCCGUGGAGUAAAAGUUUCCCCGGGAAUGCGGAAAUCAUUGGAUAAGAGUGAAAUAUCGAUGGAGUAAAAUCGAAGUGCCGAUUGCGAAGGUGAUUUCGAAGGAUACAAAGUUUGUGAAAGAUUGUUAAACAAUCUCAAGUGAAAUUCUGCAGUGAUUGAGUUCUUGUGAUCAAAUCUUGUGAAAUUCCUAAACGAAAGUAAAGAAAAGAAUACUUCUUUUAAAACGAAGAAAAACACAAAAUACAUCUGACCCGCUAACUGCGCAACUGGUUAACUGUACAAACCGCAGACAACCUGGAAAAACAACUCGUUGGAGAGUAAGCAAGCAGUCCAAACAGCCAGCGCAUCCAAUAAACGGAGGAGCAAUUGCAAAUAUCAAAAGAAAAACAACCGUCAAGUGCCCGUGAUUUUACGUGUGUGUAUACUUUCCACCUUUCUCCACUUGCUCUCUCCGCUCGGACCGGAUUCGUGGAGCUUCGUCAGAACGGACCACGGCGUUGCCACACAGACACGAAGUAGAAGGAUUACCAUCCAUCCCGGUUGCCGCACCACCGCUUGAACAUUGCAACAAACCACACGGAUCCAGUAGGGACUGAUUGCGUCACAUAACUACGACCAGCAGAGGAGGCUACACAUUGUAAAAGUGACACGACCUUGGGGACCCGGAUUCAAAUUAUUUCCAAUAAUCGUUCCCCUUGAAUGGAAAUCGGGGGCACAACCCUGGCAGUGUAAAUCGAAACUCAUCAUCCGAGCCCGGUAUGAACCAGGCGUGGUCUGAGCAAGGGGAAGGACAAGACGAAGGUGGCUGCUGAAUUUCAUUAGUGAAAUUGAUGAUCGCAAAUUGAUUUGCCGGCUUUUCCCACAACCGAGGGCAUCCUGUGCUAGUUGGCGGUGCUGGUUGGUGUGUCUAUUUUCGGAUAGAUUAUCGUGAUUCGUGGUGGCUGGUAUUGUUCGAAGAUAAUCUCGAGUACGGAUGCAGCAGAGCAAAUGAUAGCUAAUGAGUCUGGCGGAGCUGGAGGAAUUGUUAGGAGUGCUUGAUUUCUAGCGAUUCUGGGCAAAGGCUAGCGUUCAGAGCCGCCCUCGCCGCCGCAGUUACUACCGCCGCCACCGAGUCUACCGGAGAUCCGCCUUUGCACGUACCACACGUCGGCAAAGUGCGGUAGUCCAGCGAGGUUGUUCACUAUAGGCCGAACAUCCCAAACCAGAUAGUUGAAUGAGUAACAGUGCAAUGGUUGCGGUGGCCAUCUGCUGUAUUCUGGUACUGCUGGCAGUGUUCAUCGUACUGAUAAUAGUGGUUGGGCAGACGAUGGGCGAACCAAAGUGAGAUAAGCUCCAACUGGGGCCAGGUCACUUCGCCGAUGGAUAGCCAAGGCCCCCCGGCUGUUAGAAUUCGGACGGAUUUUGUUCCACUAGUAAUACCACUGCAACUGCUAGCGUCGAUGGCCAACCAUCACUAAACGUGACCAAAACCUCUACCAUCGAACCCAGCAUGACCCUAGUACCACAGAAACGGCGGUUGAUAAACAUCCUGAUCCUGUCCAACAUCUCCAAGUACUACAAGCCAGCCCAUCACCAUCAAGGGCUUCGUGAAGAGGUAGAAGAAACUCCCAGGCCUUAGUUCGAAACCAACACUUUGCGCAAAGCAGUGAACUUUGGUGAUCGUUGUACAAUCCUUUCCCUGUAGGAUACUGUUCAGCGGCGGACAACACUACUGACACGUAUACACACGCACACUACCUAAACUGUAUAUAGGCUUGAUGAACUCCGCGAAUCUCGUCUUCUUCGAGUCUAGCUCAGCAAACAGCAACAACAUGCACCAGCUAGUAUCUUCUUGCAGUCAUUUAUCCUAUUUCGUGGACAGCAGUUCAACACUGCUGUCGUCAAAUAGUCUACCUUCUUCCACUUUCACCAUAAUUUAUCCAACCUAAAACUAGAACUUCGAUCCACCUUACCUUCUCUUCCAAACUAUCGGAUACGCACGUGCACAUUUCACACACACAAGCCAACCGGCACUCCGAUCGAGAACAAAGCGAGCAACCACACAAACAAUACUUGUAGAGAAUGGCAGACAGCAAUUACCACCACCACAGCCAACAACAACAACAACAAUAAACAAAACCACCGGAGGUAUAUAGAACAAAGCAAAAAAAACAUGGAAUAAAAUCUUUCUCACCAAUUCUAAACAGCCAAAAGGGGGCUACAAAUGAGAUGAGUCAAACGCAAAAACACACACUCACAUUCUUAGAUUGACACAGAAACAACUCGUUCACAAAAAAAAAACAACAACAUAGGGUUAGUGACAUUAGUAACCAAACAAAAAAAGAAAAUAACAAUUCGAAGAAUAAUCGACAGUUAGGAGCAAACAUAUCGUGUGUGUGAACGAGAAACAACACAACUAUAACCGAGAAACUUAACCAAAAAAAAAACAAACAAACAACCCGGAUUAUUAAGAAUGAUGAAUUUGUACCGUUCCGGAGAGUUUCAUCAUGGGAAGCGUAUGGCUAUUUACGGCCAACCUCAAUGUCCCCUGACACACACAUAAACACUGACUGUUUGUAAUUUGGGCCAUUGUUUUUUAGGGAGCCCCACAUGUCACAAGUGUUGUUGUUUUUUUUUCUUCAGUUUUUGUAGAAUAAUGCGUAAGCUCUAAUCCUCCUCCCCUAUAAAGAGUUCUUCCCAGGAUUGUGAACACGAUACACCGAUCCGAAUAAUAUCCGAAAGCAGUUGUUUUUUUAUCUAGGCUAGCAAGUAAUAAGGGAUUUUUUGGACAGGUCAUGUCGGGGGAGAUGAUUGUUAAUCGCGUGUGAAGAAAGAAAAAAAAAUCAGAAAAUUUAUAUUAAAUAUAAUGUAAGGAAGUUGGUUGUAGGAGCAGCAGAGUUGUUACCUACCGUAACAAAUGCGAGGAAGAAAGGUAGAGAAAAAUGUGCCAAGCAAAUAGAAGGUUCGUUAACCAAAUGAUUGAGAAAGAUGUUUCAAAAGUUACGGAAUGAUGACCGUUGGAUAAGUUAACAUAGUGAAUUGCAUUAAGAUGACAAACGUAAACUAGAUGACUGUUGGUUGGAGCGAGUUUCGAGCGCUGACACGGAUGAGAACCUUUACUAAAUUACAAACAACUUAUUAAUACACUCGCUUUUUCGAAUUCGAAGAACCAAGGCGGAGUCAUUCGGAUAGCAUAAUUUGAAACUUAAAAUACUGUUUUAGAGGUUUAAAAAAAGGUUACAAGAGUUGAAACGGAUUGAUCGAAGUGAAUUUUUAACUCAAAUUCUAAAAUGUUUUUCGAAAUACUCGAUUAUUUUGUUCCAAGCAAUCCCAAGAGGAAAUGCUUAAGCAAUUUCUGAGGGAAUUCCCGAAGCAAACCCCAAGUUGUAGGUUCUGAAGGAAUCUCUGGAGGAAUUCAUGUAAAAAUCUUUGGAGAAAUUUCUGAAGGACUCUCUGGAGAAAUUCCUUGGGAAUCUCUGAAGUAAUUCCACCACAGAUUUCUUCAGAAAUUCCUACAGAGGAUCCUUUGGGAAUUCCUCUUGGGAUUGCUUCAGAAAUUCCUCUUUGGAUUGCUUUAUGAUUUCCUCCAGGCAUACCUUCAGGUGUUUUCCAAACAUUUCUUGAGGAAAUCCUCCAGAGAACCCUCAGUAGUUCCUCUAGAAAUUCCUUCAGCAAUACCUCCAGGUAUUGCAUAAGCAACCACUCCAGAGAUGAAUUCUCGAAGAAUUCCAUCACGUACUCCUUCAUGGGUUUUUCAAGGAUUGCUCCAGGGAUUCGUAAAAGAUUUGCUCCAAGUAUUCAUCCAAGGAUUUUUCCAGAAAUUCCUUUAGGAAUUCCUCCAGUGGUUACUUCAAAAAUUCCUCCAGAGUUUCCUUGAGGAUGUUUUUUAGGAAUUCCUUCAGAAACUUCCAGGAUUUUUCCAGAAAUUCUUCCAGGGACUCCUGUGACUUUUAAGGGAUUACUUCAAAAGUUUCUCCAGGAAUUUUUCUAGGAAUUCUUCAGAUAUUGCUUCUAGGAUAUUAAGCGGAAUUUCUCUUGAAAGGAAUAUUUGUGGCCAAGAACACACAGUUUUUAACAAAUUUCUUGCUGAAUUCACACGAAUACCUAACAAAAUCUCGAAAUCUCGAAGUUUAAUGUAGACUCAUUCUGAUGAAACGCUUGGAGGAAUUUCAGAAAUAAUAUAUUGAGGAGUUCCUGGCGAAAUCCUUAAAAAAAAUCCUGAAAGAAUUCCUGGAGGAAUAAAUGAAGCAUUCCCCAGAGGAAUUCCAGAGGCAAUCCCUUGAUAAACUCCUGGAGAAAUCCCUAGAGAAAUUCUGGAAGAUUUUCUCUGAAGGAAUUCCUGAAGAAAUUCUUGAAAGUUUUCGCGAAGAAAUUCCUGGAGGAAUUCCAGAAGAAAUCCUUGGAGAAAAUCCUAGAGGAAAUCCUGAAACAAUCCCUAGUGAUUGAGGAAGAUAUCGCUGAAGGAUUUCUUGAAGAACUUCCUGGAGUAAUCCCUGGAGGAAAUCACUCCAGCAAGUCCUCGAGAAAAUUCUAUAGGAAGUCCACCAUCAAGCCCUCCAGAAAGUUCUCAAAGAAGACCUCAUUUCCAGGAAGUUCUCCAGGAACAUUUCCAUGAAUUUCUGUUGAGAUUUCCUCAAGAAUUCCUUUCGAGGACUUGUCAAGGAAUUCCUCCAUGAAUUCCUCUUGCAAUUAAAUCAGCAAAACCUCCUUUAACUUUUCCAGAGAUUUCUCAAGAAAUUUCCCCAAUAAUUGGAUCCACAAUUGGAAAUUUCUUAGAAAAUGUUUGACAUUUCCUCAAAAAUUCCCUCCAUGAAUUGCUUCGAGGGAUCCUUAGUAGUUCUCUGGGAAGUACUCCAGAAAAUCCUUCAGAAUGUUCUCUAGGUUUCACUCCAUGCCAACCUUACCUGCAGAAAGUGCUUCCCUUAACAUUUCUAGAGGCUUCUUCAUGAAUUCCUCUAAGGAUUUGUCCAGGACUUCUUCGUGAAUUUCUUGCACAAAGUUGUUGGGAAAUCCUUCCGCAAAAUCCACCAGGCUUUUGGCCAGAGAUUCCAGUAGAAAUUCCUCCAAAGAUUUCUCCAGAAGUUCCUCCAUGUAUUUUCACAGAAACUUCUCUUGAAAUUUCUGCUCCCAUUCCUCCAGGAUUUUUUCCUGAAAUUCCUUCAGAAAGUUCUUCCAGAGUUCUGCCAGAAAUUUCGCCAGGAGUUUCUGCUCAAACCACUCUUGAAAUUAUUUUACAAAUUACUUCAAAUAGCCCUCCAGUCCUUAAGGAAGAACGCCAGGAAGUCCUCCAGGAACUUUUCCAGAUUACUGUUGCUGAAGACUUUUCGUUCGGAAAGUCCUCCAGAAAGCUUUCUAUUAUUUUUUUCAAGAGAUUUCUUCAAGAGUUCCUCUAAGGAUUUAUCAUGGAAUUUUUCCAGAAAUAUCUCCGGAAAUUCAUUCUGGAAUUCCCCUUGACAUUCCUACAGAAAUUAUUCUAGGGAUUUCUAAAGAAAUUUAUUCACGAUUUUUUUUUACAGAUUUCUCUAGAUUUUUUCCAGAAUUUCUUGCAAGAUUUUUUUGGAAAUUCUUCAUCGUAUUGCAUCAGAGUUUUUGCCCCAGAGAUACCUCUAGGAAUUCCUGCAAAAAUUUCUCAAUGAAUUCUUGCAAAAAUGUUUUCAGGAAUUCCUCUAUACAUUGUACCAGAAAUUCCUUAAUGAGUUUUUUUAAUCAUUUCUGGAUUUCUUUUAGAAAUUACUGCAGGCAUUUCUCUAGUUAUUCUAUAGGAAUAACUCCAGGAAAUCCUUCAGAGCAUUCUCCAGAUUGUCCUCCAUGAUUACCUUACCUGCAGGAAGUCCUUCAGGAGAUUGCCAUUAAUUUUUCUAGAAAUUUCUUCAAGAAUUACUCUGAAGUUUUAUGUAGAGAUUCUCCCUAAAAAAUCCUGAAAUUUCUCCUGAAAUUUCUGCAGAAAUUCUUCUAUAGAUUCCUCAAGAAAUAUGUCCUGAAAUUUAUCCAUAGAUUUUACAAGAAUUUCUUCAGAAUUACUUGUAGGAAUUUCUUGGGAAAUACUUAUAAGAAUUCCAUCAGAGUUUUUGCCCCAGUGAUUCCUCUAGAAAUUCCUUCAAAAUUUUCUCAAGUAAUUCCUGCAAAAACUUCUACACAAAUUCUUCCAGGCAUUUUCCUGUAAUUUCUUCCGAUUUUUUUUGGCAUUCAUUCCGAAAUUCCUCCAGGAUUUUCUCGAUAAAACAUUCCUGGCAAACCCAAGGAAUUGUUCCAGAGUUUUCUCCAUGAACAACUUAUUACGAUAAAAUAAUGAGACACUACAAAUAUAAAAUAUUAAUGUGGAACAUUACAAAUGCGCAAAAAAUUAGGACAUCACCUAUGGACAAACACAACACAAAGCAUAUAUUUUGCCCUGUUACCCUAGUGAAUAACAUUUUCCGAUUUCAGGAUGACGAGGUUUCAUAAUUGUCGUUCAUCCAUCAGUCAAUCCUGUAAUCGUAUUUUCUCUGGCAGGUUGCUUUUUGUUCGCAGCAAUAGUUGCUUACAUAGCUUGAGUUUUAUCUAAGAAUUUCUAACCCUAAGGAGGCAUGCUGUUUCAGGUUUUAAUACGAGACGUUUUCAUUUUGAUGUCCCUGAUAGGGAACGAUUUACUUUUCUGAUAUUUGUUCUUUGCCCGAAAUGAUCUGAAAGUAGGCCAUCAAAAAAUGAGAUUGCUGAGAUCUCAUGAUGUUAUUUUAGCACUAUAAAUGUGCAAAUGCUUACAAGCUAAAAUAGUACAUUUAACACGAAAAUAAAACUUGUAAUAAACUUCGAAAGCUCCUGAAGACAGUCCUUUGGUAAUUCUCUAGGAAGUACUCUAUGAAAUGCUCCAGGAUGUUCUACAUAAUGCUCUCAAAGAUAACCUUACGAUUCGAGGAAUCCAGGACGAUUGCCACUGAUUUUCCCAAAAAAAAAAUUCAAAAAUUUCUCUAAGGAUUUGUUUCGGAAUUAUUCAAGAAAAUUCUACAAAAAUCCCUUCUGGAAUACUUUUAGAGAUUCCUGCAGGAAUUCUUCCAGGAAGACCGCAAGAAAUUCUCCACAGAUUUCUCCAGAAUUUCUGCAGAAUUUAUCUCAGGAAGUUCUUGGACAAUUCUUUCAGACAUAUCAUUAAAGUUUUUGCCCCAUAGAUUCGUCUAGAACCUACAACAAGCAUUUCGCUAGAAAUCUCUGCAAUUUUUUUUCUAUGAAAUCUCGUAGGCAACUUCCAGAAACUCCUUCAGAAAUUCCUUCAGGAAUUUCUUCAGAAAUUUCUCUAGAAAUUCCUCUAGAAAUUUCCUAAGAAAUUUCUCUAGAAAUUUCUCUAGAAAUUUCCUUAGAAAUUUCUCUAGAAAUUUCUCUAGAAAUUCCUCUAGAAAUUUAUCUAGAAAUUUCUCUAGAAAUUUCUCUAGAAAUUACUCUAGAAAUUUCUCUAGAAAUUUCUCUAGAAAUUUCUCUAGAAAUUUCCCCAGAAAUUACUCUAGAAAUUUCUCCAGAAAUUUCUCUAGAAAUUUCUCUAGAAAUGACUCUAGAAGUUUCGCUAGAAAUUUCUCUAGAAAUUUCUUUAAAAAUUUCUCUAGAAAUUUCUCCUAAAAUUGCUAUAGUAAUUUCUACAGGUAUUUUUUUCCAGAAAUUUCUUUGGAAAUUCUUUAAGAAAUUCUUCCAGGACUUCCUCCAAAAAUCACUCUCGGAAUCCUAGUUGAAAUUAUUCAAAGUAUGUCUAAAAUUACAUCCACAAAUUUCUCCACGAAUUACUCCUCGAUGUCCUGUCAGCAGAUCUCCGACAUUGCAAGUGCAACAAUGAAAAAUGAUAAUUUUGUCAAAUUUUUAAGACCGUGUUCCAAUAUUAAGAGAGUCCCCAAAGGGCUUAAAAUGCUCAAAAAUUGUAGAGCAAUUUUGACCAUCGCAAUAUUGACCAUUGCGUAAAAUCUCCGCAUAUCAAUCCAAUCCACGCUUCACUGCGUAUCAUUAAUCACUCUUUCUUACUACCUUGUAUCGUUCUCUAUUGAAACGGGCACCAGCCACUACCAUUUGUCUCUUGAAAGCAUUCUUCUCAUCCGUCGCUCGUUUCUACUCCUCGUCGAACCAGCCUUUGCAUUGCGUUAGCAUCGCUGAACGGUACUUACCACUUCUUGCGUUGUUCUUGUCACUGCUGUUUCACGGAUUAACUCACAUAAACUGCCGACAUUCCCGGAUCCGUUAGUCUCUCCCAGUGCUGUACCAUUUCCGAAUAAUUAUUUCCUAACGACACUCACUGUGUCGUCCAAUUUAAAUGACAAACGUCGACCUCCCAAACAGUGACGAAACAAGCUACAGCUCUCAUUCCAGGCAGUAUCGGCCGACAACAUCCAACAGCUACGAUCCAUUCUUCUUUUUGAAACACACGAUAAAACACGAAGCUCUGACUGCAUGCAUUUCUGUUCAACCUUCUAUACUCAUUUGUAUUUGUGGCGUCGUGCAUUGAUACUAAACAAAUGGACCCUCAUUCGGGCCAGACUUGAUGACAGUCAUUCAGCUAUGAGUGUCAUAAUUUCUGCGUUCGAGCGAAGGUAUAAUAUGCGUUGAGCUGCUAUUGAGAUUUUCAAACUUUUGUUGGAGCUCCCCAUCGUAUCAAUGCGUCCGUUGCGAAUGUGCUUGUUAGUGACAUUGAGACGGUCGGCUGUUGCAUCGAUGAAAGAAAAAGAAAAAUGCAGAUGUCAAAUCUUUUUUUUUGGGGUAAAUGUGGUGAUGGUGCACAAGCCUGGUUUCUUUUAUUGUAUCGUCUAGCUUUUGAUGAUACUGAGCAGCAACUCUUUCGACUGACAAGCAAUGGAUAUUGAAACGCAUUGCUACAGUUAAUGAUUGUGGAGCAAGGGCUGUCUCAGCUGGGACAUCACAAAGGAAAUAAACAGCAGAGGCUCAUUCAAACUCAGGGAAACAUUCCCCUGGUUGUGUGUCCAUUCCCCAACUAGGAUCGCGCGCAUCGAUCUUACCCCACAAACACGUAAAUUGCUGAUUUGAUUGAGUGUCGCGCAGUCGGGACGCUACGGACCAACCAGGACGCCCCGGCUGCUUCAAAAUGGGGAAUGUCAGUCACGUGAACCAACGAAUUGCUGACUGACUGACAGACACGUGAAACGUGUGUGUGAAAGUCCUGAAGCUGCCUACCUGCCUGGUAAAAUGAAGCUCUUCGACUGUCACUGAAUGGGAAAAGCACUCUCUGAAAUCAAAUCUCUCCGCCACGCCGGCCCUGCUCCCACUCCUGGUGACCCUCAUCAUCCCGCGUGUAUGUAAACUCCUAGCAGUGCAGUCUGGGUCCCGUGAACGAGUGUGAAUGUGGGAGAGCCUCAACUCCUUCCACCUGCUGGGCUUCGUUCGACGGGUGCGCUUCUUUUCACUUGACGGGAUUUUAUCUCGUUUGAAGACGGUCGGUCGGUCGGACGGUUGUCCUAGGUAUGAUGGAGGUCGUGUGGAGGUGGGUCAGGGACAUUGAUGGCAUUACAAGGCGCGCACCAGAUGGAGCCUGUUCCGUUUCACAUCGCCGUGACGACGACGACGACGACGACGACGACGACGACGACGCUUGUCGGGAGAUGUCGGCCGGACGGAACUCGACUCGAGCGAGACCAUGUUUUCACUGUUUGACAGUGCAGCAGCUCUUCUGAACGUUCGUACGACAAGCUCCAGCCAUGAAGGAGCGAUUCAGGCAUGUACCUACUAAGUUGCUGGGUACCUGGUCGGCUUUUGUUCGCCGUUCACAUGAUGAUGAUGAUGAUCAACUUGUCUAACCGGAACUGGGCGGACCGGAGUCUCUUGGAGAAACUUACAUUGUUGCCGGCAGGUUGAGAUGUGUCAUUCCCGCGCUCGUCUCAUACGCUGGCUGGCUGUGUCGUGCGCUUUCCCGCUAAGGAAAAUGAAAAAUGAAUUCGAUUGUGUCACGACAUGCGGUGCGCUGCAUUCGUUGGCUGAUGGCACGAAGAGGUGGUGGAAAUGGGAAUUUUUCCUUUUCCGAACAAAUUGGCCUUGUGACAUAUAAGCUGAGCACCGUUUGGCAUAGUUUGCGCAAGGAUUUUAUUUUCCCCUUUUUGAUGUUUCCGACAUUUACAAUAAAAUGUUGUGCUGUGGAGAUAGUUUCAUCCCAGAGUGGAACAUAUCAAUCAGGGCAGUAAUGAACUGCCGUUCUACGCCCAAUGGUCCCAUGUUAUAUGGGAAUCCCAUAUAACAUGGGACAACUAUGCCUAGAACGGCAGUGAACAUAUCAGUUAAAGUAUAGGUAGGUAAUUAGUUUUCCAGCGGAAAUUUAAUCCAUCGGAGUUCUAAACACUGACUACGCAGGUGUGACUAGAUGGUGGCUCUAAGAGGACACAUCAAAAUGCAUCGCAUUUUUGUUGCCUUUAGCAUGCUGGACGAAUUAUGCGCGGAGCUCAUCAUACAUACAUAUAGUUAUUUGAUCAACAUCAUAUAAAUAUAAGACAUAAUCAACAAUACAUAGUGAUAGUACCACACAAUACUAGGUUUGUGGUCGCCGUUUUCCAUCCUCGGUCAAGCCCAAUACUUUCCAAGUGACGCUCCACCUGGUCCGCCCAUCAUCGUGCUCUCUACGUUCCACGCCUUCUUGUACCAACCAGAUCAGUAGCAAACACCAGCUUUGUUAUCCGGCAUUCUUGCAACAUACCCACCGUAUCCUUCCGGUUUUGGUCACCUUUUGGUUCACCGUAAAGUGCAGCGAGCUCGUGGUUCAUGCUUCUUCGCCACACCGCCGAAGAUCGUCCUUAGCACGCGUCGCUCGAAGACUCCGAGUGCUUGCAGGUCUUCCUCGAGCGUGGUACAUAUUUCGUGUACCACCGUGGACCACCGGCGGUCUUAUUAUCGUUUUGUACAUGGUGCAAUUGGUGCGUGGGUGAAUCUUUUUAGAUCACAGCUUCUUCUGGACCCCGUAGUGCACAUGACUUCCACUGAUGAUGAGUCUUCGUAUUUCACGGCUAGCAUUGUUGUCAGCCGUCAGAAACAAACCGAGGUAGACGAAUUUCUCCACCACCUCGAAGAUAUCCCCAUCUAACGUCACAUUACUAUAUGGCUAGACGGACUCGGUCGUGUUCGGUUCCGCCUACAAGCAUGUACUUUGGUUUAGACGCAUUCACCAACAAUCCGACCGUUGCUGCUUCGCGUUUCACGUGGGUGUACUGUUCUGCCACCGUUCCAAAUGUUCAGGCAAUAAUGCUCAUGUCGUCCGCAAAGCACACAAAUUGACCGGAUUUUGUGUGUAUCGUACCUCGGUUGUUGAGCCCGGCUCGUCACAUUACACCCUCCAGAGCAAUGUUGAAGAGUAGGCAUGAGAUUCCGUCACCUUGUCGUAGUCCCCGUUCAGACUCGUAUGAACUAGUUCACCCGAAGUCUUACGCAGUUUUGCACACCGUCCAUCGGUGCUUUAAUCAGUCUAGUCAGCUUCCCAGGAAAGCCGUUUUCGAUCAUGAUUUGUCAUAGCUUUGCGCGGUCGAUACUGUUGUAUGCCGCUUUGAAGUCGAUGAACAGGUGAUGCGUUGGGACCUGGUAUUCACGGUAUUUCUGGAGGAUUUGCUGUAUGGUGAAGAUCUGGUCCGUUGCCGACCGACCGCCAAUGAAGCCGGCUUCCCACGCACUCAUUCGUCUUAGGUGACAGACGACGAAAGAUGAUCUGGGAUAGCAUCGAUCUGAUAUGCGAAGGAUUUACGCAAUGGUCAAUGUUGCAAUAGUCAAAAUUGCAAAACAACUUUUGAGCAUUUAAUGUCCCUUAGGGAGCCACUUAGCAUUGAAAAACGUACUUGAAAUUUUGACAAAACAGUAAUUUUAAAAUGUUGCACUUGCCAUAUCGGACACUUACCUGCUGGACCCCCGGGAGAAAUUCCUGGGGAAAUUCAUAGAUGCCAUUCUAAAAAAAAACCUUGGGUAGUUUCUGAAAAAAAUCCUGGAGUGGUUUUUGGAGAAACUUUUGGAGGAAUUUGAGGAGGAUUACCGGAAGAAAUUUCCAGAAUAAUUAAAAAAAAAUGCCUGCAGGAAUCCCAGAAGAAAAUUUAUGAAAUAUUUUUUGAAAAAUUUGAAACUUCGAUGGAGUGGGCAGAUAAUUGUAUUGCCUUUUACCGGCUGUACCAGUCGGUUUAUAUGUCUGAAAUAGACAACUUUAUCUCUCUUUCAUGCGGCCGUAGGAUAUCGAAUCACAUCGCAUGAACAAUUCGCUCGCACCUAUCAUUUCGAAGGCGCAACCACGAGCAUGUAGGAAAUUGACAUCUAAGCCGCCAGAUAGAUAAAGCGGUGAAAGACGGACCCGGUUGAGGUGGCGCUUCGAAACCAGUUUGACUUUCUAUUUCACAGAAUCGUAACUUGUUCUGGGGAAUAGUUAGUUAAAGCGGCGGACUAUGCGAUAUGGAGUCGUGGGUUCAAAUCCCAUAAAACCAAGUGGUAAUUUUUCCACAAUUUUCUCUCUCAUUUUGUCAAUAAAACACACACUGUGUCUUCGAAAUUUGAGUUUUGUUGUCUGAUGGAAUUCCUGGAACAAUUUCCUAAGAAAUUUCUGAGAGAAAUUCUGAAGAAUUUCGACGGAAUUUUCUUAAAAAGUUUUCUUAAAAAAAUUCUUGAAGAAAAUUGAUGGCAAUCCUCCUUGAAGACUUCCUGAUGGUAAGGUCUUCUUUGAGGGCAUCCUGGAGAACAUCCCUGUGGAUUUUCUUGAGUGCUUCCUAGAGUAUUUCUAGAAAACUGCCUGCAGGACCUCUCGGGUUAAUUUAUAGAGGAAAUUCUAGAAAAAAAAACCAAGAGCAAUUUCUAAAAUAAUUCGAGGAGUGAUUUAUGGAGAAUUUCCGGGAAAAAUGUCUAAUGAAAUUUCCGGAGAAAGUUCUGAAACAAUGCUGGAAGAGUUUUUAGAGAGAUAUUUGCAGCUUAUAUGGAAAUUUUAACAGAUUUUUUGAAGGACUUUCCACAGGAAUUUCUGGGGCAAAUACUCUGGAAUUUUCUGCGAGAAAUUCUGAAGUAUUUAAUUCAUGAAAUGUCCCUGUGUCUGUGGAUAAAUUCCUGGAGAAAUUUCUUGAGGAAUCCAUAAAUGAGUUCCUGCAGGAAAUUUCAGGAAAAAUUUCUGGAGAAAUAUCCGGGAGAAAUCCUGCACAAAUCUUCAGUGGAAUACUCGAAAAACCUCUAGAAAAAAUAUUGAAAAUCUUCCUGGAGGACUUCCUGAAGGUAAAUUCUUCAUGGAGUGCAACCUGUAGAACAUCCUUGAGGAUUUCCUGGAGAACCUCUUGGAGAAUUACUUGAAGAUUGCCUGUUGGACCUCUCAGAGUAAUUCGUGGAGGAAAUGUUCAAAGUAAUUUCUGAAGCAAUUUCAGAAAGAAAGGGAGUGGACCUGGUGUGAUGGUUAGAACACUCGACUAUAGGAUCGAAUCCCACUCGCGACAAACUCACAAAAUGUGAGUUCUUCCUUCGAAAGGGAAGUAAGGCGUGGGUCCCGAGAUGAACUAGCCUAGGGCUAAAAAUCUCGUUAAUACAAAUACAAAAAUUUCAGAAAGAACUCCAACAGUGAUUUUUAAUUAAAUUUUUGAAAGAAUUUCUUGAGAAACCUCUGGAAGAAUUGCUACAGGGUUUUUCGAGGGAAUUGCAAAAGGAACUCUUGGCAGGUUUGUCUGACAAUUACACGAAAGGAAUUCUUGAAGAAAUCUCACUAAUGUAAAUCUCCCUUGAAAACUUCCUGGAGGAUUGCUCAGAGGGCUUGAUGGUGGACUUUCUGGAUGAUUUAAUAGAGUACAUCCAGGAGUACAGCCGGCAGAAUCUCUGGAAGAACUUCAACAGGAAUUUCAAAGGGGAUUUCAAGAUGAACUGUAGAAGAAAUUGCUGGAGGAAUUCUGAACAAAUCCUUAGAUGAAUUCUCAAAAAAAUCUAUAGAAAAAAAUCUUGGGCAGAAUUUUGUGAAGGUAAGAUCUUUAUGAAGACCGACCUGAAGAGUCCUGGAGGAUUUACCGAAGAAAAACAAGAAUUCUUAUAGUGAUUUUUGAAUAAAUUCCUGGAGGAGCUUUUUGACAAAUCUCAGGUAGAGUUGCUGCACGAUUUUUCCUGAAAGUAAUUCUUUAAAAAAUCUCAAGAGUAUUUAAUGAAAAUCUCCCUGGAGAAAUUCCUGGGGGAUUCGUUGGAGGGCUUGAUGGAGGACCUCCUAGACCUAAACGAUUGCCUCGAGGACUUCCUGAGGUAUAGCCUACAGGAUAUCUUGGAGAAAUUCCUGGAUAAAUUCAUGAAGGAAGUUCUGACGGAAUUCCUAGAAAAAUUUCUUGAAGAAUCCCUGGAAGAAUUUUCGCAGGAAUUUCUAAGAGGAUUUCAGAAGGAGUUCCUGUAGAAGUUUUUGAAAGAAUGCCUGGAUAAAUUCUCAGAAGAAUUCUUGAAGAAAUCGCUAGAAACGCCUAUGGUAAUCUUCCUGAUAGACGUUAGGAGAAUAAUUUCUUCAUGGUGAGCAAUUUGGAGAACUUCCAGGAGAAUUUCGUGGAGAGUUUCUUAGAAGAUUACAAGAGGAUUGCCUGCAUGACCUCUCGGAGUAAUUAAUAAGGAAAAUUUUAAAGAAAUUUCUGCGGUAAUUUUCAAAAAAAAUCCAGCAGUGGGUUUUGCACAAAUUUCUGGAAGAAUUUCGUGAGAAUUCCCCUUCAAACAAUAAAACCAUUCCUGAUGGCACAAUAAUAGCAUUCCUGAUGGCGCCACUGGAGAAUUCUUCGAAGAAAUUCUGGAGGAACCCCUGAUAAGAUUCGCCAAGGAAUUUCUGAAGGAGUUCGUGAAGGAAUCCUUGAAGGAAUUCUUGAGGGAUUGUUUAUAGGAUUUCCCGAAAGAAUACGUCGAUGACUGUCUGAAGGAACCCUUGCAAGACUUGCAGAAGAAAUCUUUGAAGUAUUUUCUGUAGUAAGCUUCGGAGGCUUUCCUUGAGAAAUUCUUGAAGGAAUUCCUGAGUAAAUCUUUGAAGUACUUCCUGAACGAGUUGUCAUUGGAGGAGUUUCUGAAGCAUUCUCUGGAGCAAGGAUGGGAACACUCACUUGCAAAGAGUUACUCUCAGCUCAAAAGCGUGCAAUCAAGGAUCGGUGUGUGGACGACUUUUGCCUUGUGGUUUUGUCUAAAAGUUUGCCGAAUAGAGUGGUCGCACAUGCAUACCGAAAUCGUGGAGGAGAUGCAAAGGCAACUCUCCACAAGGUGGAUGUGAACUACACUCACCUCGUGGAGAGUUGCUUUCAUAGCCCAGUCACGACUUGGUAUGCGUGGGCGACACCCUCUAUCCGGCAAACUUUUAGACAAAACCACAAGACAAAAGUCGUCCAUACACCGUUCCUUGAUUGCACGCUUCUGAGUUGAGAAAACAGUAAGUUAAUGCAACUCUUUGCAAGUGAGUUUUCCCAUUCCUGCUCUGGAGUAACAACGACCGCUGACUAAGACAUUCAACACUGAUAUAAUUGUGUAGCAAUUUUUGUUGGGCCUUUCUGAUCCGCUAAUCUUCGGUAAUUAACGCACUCCAGCCGGUGCCUCUCUUUGUAAACGGCCUUCAGCCAGGCUAGCAGAUAGCAUCCCAAGUAACAUUUUGAGUAUUGUUCGGCGCUAUAAGAGGUUUUCAUGGCCAAUUUAGUUAAACUUGCAAUAAAACUGAUUCAUACAUCAAAACCUCUUGAUAACCUUUUUAAGAGCAUCAUCUGGCUAAGUGAACCACUCUCGGAGAGGUUUUGCAAACCGUAUCAAGAGUCGCAAUAAAACUGUUUUAAAACCUAGAUGAAAAAUUUUCCAUACUCGAAAAGAGGUUAUGAUGAUUGUUGUUUUUUUUUUUCAACAAAAAUUAUGACAGCUCAAGAAACAGCGAAUCUUCAUCAAUGGCACGUAAAAUUCAGGAAGAGAUAUUAUUCGCAAGAAGAAAGCAAUAAUUUCAAAGUAAUAAUUUAGUAGUUAUAUUGUUGCUAGGCUUAUGCGGAUUCUGUAGGGUUUAAGUCACCGUCUUAUGGUAUAUUUGUUGAUUGUUGAUGUUUUUCGGUGCGGAUUAAAUUUUACCGUGAAUAUUGGGGCUGCAGAAACAUUAAAUUAAUGCGCUUCGAAAAUGGUGAAUAUUAUCAUCUUGAAAUGAAAUAAAUCUAUUUGUUAAUUUAUUGAAACUAUCUCGAAUUACAAGAACACUCAUCUAAGAGAGUUUAUUUAUGUGAGCAUGCUAUGGAAAUGACGGCAAACUAUCAAUUCUCUGCUAAUUUGAGCAAAAUUAACUAUUUUCCAAUCACGUAUCUGAUUCUUCAAUAUGGCGACGCCCAUAAUUAGCGAAAUUAAAACGAAAGCAAGUUUACUUUUAUGAUUACCGCAAUAAACCUAGCAGUUUCAUAGUUUCUGCUUUUCCACCAACAGAUGUCGCUACUAAUCGAACGGAUCGCUAUCUUUUGAGAGUUUCAACAGUUUUAUUGUGGUAAUAAUGAAUGCCAGAAGGAUUACAUAUAGUAGACUUUUGUUUACUUUUAAAAUCUGCCUUUAUGGAUGUCUUCAAGUAUACCAUAAAACAUUUCAUCAAUGGUUUUUAUAAAAGUAGUCAUAAAAAUGUGAGUUUUAAUUAUUGCUAAAAGGAAAGCCUAAUAAAAAUCAAACAAAACCAAUAAGCAAUUGAAUUGCUACUUGGGAUAUCUUUUUCCUCAAAUCUUCAAAGGAGUAUGGUGAAGUAUUUCGUUGAGUUGCUCACUACCACGUUUGGAAAGUUCAACCGGGAGUUCGUAGUUACUAGCAGCCUUAAAUAAGGUACUAUUUAGUUCUGUUUUUCUAUUUUUUAUCUCUCGUCAGCUCUAUAGCUCAUCUACCAUUACUAAUGCUUAACCUGUUCGUCGACACAACGCUCUAACGUUCUCUCCAUUCAAAAAAGGUCUCGAUGAGCUCUCUCUGCUUGGUUGCUAUCAUAGUUCUAACUAUCAGCAAGUUACCUUUACGGUACUUGAUUGCAUACGACAAGAGACGGCGCUGUUUUUAUCAGCAUGCCACGGACUGUUUCGUGAAAUUUCCGCAUAUCAUUUUGUUCAAUACGUUUUUGAGCCUCGGUAUUAUUGGCACUCCCCACAUACUGUUUCAUCUUUGUCGUCUAAGUCUUUCAGUAUUACCUACCUAUCGCUUCCCGCACUGCUGUACUCCCGCACUGCUCAGUGGAUUGAUUCCCACAAAUUGUUGAAGCUGUCGUCCACGUUGAUUCUCCUUAUCUGCUCAUCAAACUUCAGGUGGUAUUUACUUACUUGCCACACCUUCUGCUGAGAAGCGCAGGAUAUUGAAACGCAACGGUCGCUGAGCUCUUGAGUUUGCCACUGUUGAUUAUUGGUCUCGAAUUUUACUGACAACGAGAUUGUGAUUAAAUACGCUGGUUGAUACUCUGAAGGUCCUCUGAGGGUUCUCAUAUCAAUGACAUCCGAGAAGUGCUAGCCAUCCACCACAAAUUGGUAGCAUUUAUAAAUUUGGAAGCAAGUUUUUCAUCUUCGUAGCGACCAAGAGUCUGAUAAAUUUUGGUAGACUCUGAAGCAUUGCAUCAAAACCGUCUAGAUUUCGAAGAAAACUGCUAUGUGAGAAUGUAUAUUCCUUUUACAAACUACGUAACCACAGCAAAGUUAGGUUACCUGCGGAUAUUUUUCACCUCAACACACUCCACAUCUUCAUCAAUUAGUGCAACGACGAACCCCUUGAUUGAAAAACGUUGUCUUCAGCCGACUUCCACCUUAAAUGAACCUAUCCCUCCCGUUUUUUUGGAAGCAAAUGCCUUCGUCAUUAUGAUUGGUAUCAUUAUGAUCGUCAUUAAGAGAAAAUCCGCUCCUUACCGUAUACCUACGGUCUCCAUCCGCCGUAGCCGCGCCGCAUCACAAACCACGGAACACAACCGAUGCGCGGCGUUGGGUUCCAUCCCUCUACACUAUAAACACUCUUAGCCACCAUGUCGCAGCGGCAGAUAGGCAGCCUACAGAUUAUUAUUUUUAUUUUCAUUAAACAUUAUUAACGGCAGUAGGUAGUGCUAGAGAGAUUCAGAGACAAGCGGACAAAAUUUUUUCUAUCAUGCGUAUUAUGCAAAAUCAGCUCUAACCCAUUUCAGAUGGGUGUUUUACACACCUCCUCUCAUUUCUUCUUUUUGACGCGUCGCCUCCAAUGGGACAAAGCCUGCUGCUUGGCUUAGUGUGCUAUAAAUACUUCCACGGUUAUCAACUGAGAGCAUCCUCUACCAAUGAUCAUUUUGCAUUCGUAUCUUCGUCAGGAACGAAGACAUUCUAUGCCCAAAAAGUCAAGGGAUGUUCUAUUACGAAAUGUUCCUGAAACGAUCGGGAAUCUAAGCCGUGGUCUUGCGGAAUAAACCGCUAUCUGUGAACUCUUUGACACACACAAGGGUUGUUCCGUUCUCUGUGACCGAUCAACCAACGCUACAGCUUUCGUUGUGGUUAAGGCUUCCACCCGCAUCAUCUUCAUACGAACGCCGGUAAUAUCGGGGGAAACGCAAUGGGCGCCGUUGGUGGAAGCUUUUAUGUGGUUUCCUCCUUGGAUGUAUCGUCCUCCCUCGCGCAGCAAAGUUGCCACCAAAUACCGAAAGCAGCUUCCCACGACGAACUCUCCUCAAAUGACGGGAGGCUGGGAUCAUUUUUAAUUAAGCAGCUCUUCUACGUCGCCAUCGUCGUCGUCGUCCUCUUCGCCGCGUUGUUUCGACCACAAAGCCUUGCCCCGCAAUGCGGUGGUCGUAGAACAUUUUUCAGAUCGAAUCUUUCGCGUAGGUUGUUUGGUUGCUUCGAAGUCAAAGAACAAUGUGCAAAUCUGGGCAACACAUGCGCGGCUGAUGGAAAUUCUUAUGGGCGAUAAGAAGUUUUUGGGGAAAUUUCCUAAAUGUUAGAAUUUACUAAAUGUGUUUUAUUGGAACUCGUGCUGGGGCUGAACGAUUCCGGUGGUUGAGCUGGGUUUGAAGAAUGGCGAUUAUCAUUAUCGUUUAGCUGGUGGCAGAUGGAAGCAAUUGUGAUUUAGCCGGUGAAAUUUGAGUAACGGAUACCUUAUUUAUGGUUAUGCUUUUGAAAGCUGACACCACCAGUAAUAAAAUUCAACAAUUCAAAGGCUCUCGAAAAGUUUAUCGCUUAAAGCUUAUCGCCAUCGAGCACAUCCUUUGAAGAUGGCCUAAUUCUAAAUGAAUUGUUUUCACUUCGCCGUUUUGCCACCACACAAGACAUCCAUAGGCCAAUAUUUGUCGAACAACAGUUAUUUAAAUUCAUUUGAUAUACUUGGCUUUUAGACCCCAAGUUUUACCAAAGGUUCACCGGAACUUGCCGAAAUCCAUACCAGCUGGAGCUCAAGAAUAACUCCAACGUACUUCACGUACCUGAUCAGUCACACCAAUUCCAGAAUCAAAGAGACGCAAAGGUCAAACGCUAUUACGGUUUUGCCUUUCCGUGAAAAGAACAAUAGAUGUUUUACUCUGAUUUACCGAAAGGCCAUAUUUCGCGACACCAACCCUCAACUACCUGAAGAGCGUUUUGCAUCUGGUCGAAAAGGGUGCUGAUGCACAUACUGUUAGGUAGUCGUCGGCAAAACCAUAAGUAGGAAAACCGUUAUUAUUGAACUGCAUCAAAAGCGUAUCUGCUACGAGAUUCCACAAAAGUGGUGAAAAGACUCCCCUUUGAGGGCAUCCACAAACAUUCAAUUUCCUAAUCGCUGCUUGACGCAAUGUCGAGAAGGGAUGUCGGUUUUUGAGCAUUUGGUGAAUCCAAUUGGAAAUAAUUGGAGAUAUACCAUGACCCCGUGCGGCUUACAAUAUGGCAUCGAAUGGCUCGUUGUCAAAGGCACCCUCGAUAUCGAAGAAAACACCCAAACAAGGUCGCUUCUGAGCAAAUGCUUUCUCGAUAUCGUAAACAAUCUUGUGUAAAAGAGUCACAGUGGACUUUCCAGAUUGGUAGGCACGUUGGUUCACAUGAAGAGGCACGUUGGCCAGAUGAACAUCACGGAUGUGAUGAUCCACAAUUCGUUCUAAGCAUUUCAGAAGAAAAGCAAAGCAAAGCAAAGCAAAGCAAAGAUAACCGUACACAUCGUAGUUGCUACUCCGUGAUUGACCAGAACAAUCGAAGUUGCACAGAGAGCCAAUGAAUGUGAAAGCUUGGGACUAGCUAACCAUUCUCAAUGUGCACAAUUCGAGAGUUCAGCUAUUUAAAGUCAAUAACGGCGCUGGCCACGUCCUUACGGUCAUCAGGAAAGGGAAGGAAUGUUAGUUCGACAACCGUUGCUACUAGAAACCGUGGAAUCCACAGCAUCCCCACAGUUGUCACGGGAAGGAAUGGUGGUUAGUAGGGUAGGGUAAGGUGUGGAUCUAGGAGCCACCUCUGUUAGGUGAUAUGAUCCACUAGUUAUAUGGAAAUACACGUCGCGGUCUUCAUCACGAUUAUGAUUUAUUUGAUCACGAUGGCCACUGAUCCCGGAUUUCGUGCUCGCGUUUCCAUCGCCCUACCGUGGAAACCGACUGAUCUACGAUUAUUGUAGCGCGAUUCUGAACCCGGAUUUUUCACUCGCACUUCCAUCGCCCUACCGUGGAAACCGACUGACCAACGAAUAUUGUAGCGCGAUUCUGAUCCCGGAUUUUUCACUCGCACUUCCAUCGCCCUACCGAGAAAACCGACUGACCAACGAAUAUUGUAGCGCGAUUCUGAUCCCGGAUUUUUCACUCGCACCCCCAUCACUCUUACCUGAAAAUAGUCUGCCAUUCGAAAAUUCUCAAGCUAAUCUGAUUCCGCAUUCCACACUCGCGCUUGCAUGGCUCUACCGAGAAAACCGACUGACCAACGAAUAUUGUAGCGCGAUUCUGAACCCGGAUUUUUCACUCGCACUUCCAUCGCCCUACCGUGGAAACCGACUGACCAACGAAUAUUGUAGCGCGAUUCUGAUCCCGGAUUUUUCACUCGCACUUCCAUCGCCCUAUCGAGAAAACCGACUCCGUUCUAAGCAUUUCAGAAGAAAAGAGGUCAAACUAAUAGGUCUGAAACUCUUUGUUUCUUCAUGCGACGCACGACCUACUUCCGGAAUAAACUUCACAGUAAUAUCCUGCCAAGAUUUGAGAAUAUACUCUAUUGCAAAACUGCAACCAAGUAGUUUUUUUUAAACAUGUUUGAAAUAAUCAAGCUUGUUCUGUGGCAAAGUAGGAUGCAUUCCAUCUGCCCCAGGAGAGUUGAAAGGAGCAAAGCUAUUUAAUACACAUUCAAUCGAUUCUAUAGUUAUGAUACUCCACGCCGAAAUCAGACAAUCAUAACUACAAGAAAAGACAUCUGGUUCAUCCUUACAUCCACACAUCGGGGAAAGUGUGUGCUGAAUAAGCAUUCCAGAACAUCCUCAUCAGAGGAAGUGAAAUCACCAUUCGGCAAACGAAGUUCUUUCACUUGAAAAUCCUUAGAUUUUGUAAGUAUUUUGUUCAAACGGCUAGCUUCUCUUAAACUGGAAGCAUUUGUACGUUUGGUUUUUAAGCCAGAUCGUCCAGCAGAACGGAGGGCUUGCGAGACGAUCUGAUAGCCUAGAAUUCAACCAAACAUUGUCUGUUCCAACUCUUUCUACAUUGUUGCCUGAAUUUCGCCAGAUCAGAGUUCCACCAAGGGGUUCCUUUUGGAGUAUUCACAGACCGCAGAGGGCAAACUUCUUCAAAAGCUUCCAUGAUAAAGGACUCGGAAAACACUUAUUAAGUAAAACUGACUUCAGAAACCUGAAUCUUCAGGACGUUCUGUUGUUCUUGACCCGCUGUGGUAAUGAGUUAUAGGCUCUCUUUACGCUUUAUGCGUUAUCACAGUGCCCUUCUCAGGGCGCUGUUUGAACCCAUUGUGGUCAGUGUUGCGAAUACUCACUAGGGAAAAAUUAUACUCACUUGCUUCUAUCUCAGUCCAGAAGCAUGCUAUCAAAAAAUGAUGUUUUAAGGACUUUUAGAUUGUAGUUUAAUCUAAAAGUUUUCCGAAUAAACUAAAAGUCCCAGAUGCAUACAAAAACCGUCAGAGAGAUGUGAGCACAAGGUGAGUAUGAAUUACACGAAUUUUACUCACCUCGUACUCACAGCUCUCUCACAACUUUGGUAUGCGUCUGCGAUCUUUACUUUAUUCGGCAAACUUUUAGAUUGAACUACAAUCUAAAAGCCCUUCAAACAUCAUUUUUUGAUAGCAUGCUUCUGGACUGAGAUAGAAGCAAGUGAGUAUCACUCUUGCAAGUGAGUAUUCUCAACACUGAUUGUGGUACGCUUUUGCGUGUAUGACGAUGCUAUUCCCUUACCUUCUCUUCCCCUGUCCUAUCCUUUUUCCUUAACUUCUCCGCCAGGUAAAUGAUGAAUAGGCUCAUGUUCAUGGCAAUGGCACAAAUUUCCCAAAUGGAGGAGAACGUCUGACCUACAGAUACCUGAUACCUGAUGAUAAAGGCCGUUGUUGUAUCAACGGCAUCAUCUAAGUCACUUGGAGUGUCAAUAAAUGAUGAGUAUCCAUGAAAUUCGGCUGCAACCAAAUCAGUGAAGAAAUCCCAAUUGGUUGACCGGGGAUUCCUGAAACGUAAAGUUUGCGAAGUAACAUUCAAGUGUUCAAAAAAGAUAUAGCGAUGGUCAGAUAAAGAUUCUUCAUCUGACACAUGCCAAUUAGUCAUCUCGUGACUAAUUCGGCUAGAGCAAAGCGACACUUCCUCUCUAGCAAUUACCAUGAAGGUUGGGCGGCUGCCUAUGGUAAGUUAUCCAAGAUCUGUACUACAUACUUAAGAUCUUCUUCAAACUGGAGCCUCUCAAAUUGGUGUCUAAGCUGCCCCAGAUGAUAUGGUGAGCAUUAGUAUCACUGCCAACAAUUGGCGGAAGGCCUUUUGAAAUACAGUAUGCGGUUAAUAAACUGAACAAUAAACGUAUUUCCUAUUGAGGUUUUCAUUAGGAUACAUCGAUUGUUAUCACACAUACAUCUCUACUGGUUAGUUUAGAAAAGAGUGUAGCGACGAUUGCGGUGACAAGCACAUAUGCUCGAGGCAUGACACGCGAGUUUGUCAUUUCAUUGCUAUUGAAAGUAGCAAACACCGGGUUUACAAAGUUUCCUAGAUAGAAAUUCCCCUUACGAAAAUAAGGUUCUUGAACUAAAGCCAUUUGGGCUGUACCAUUUUACAUAAGUCUGCAAAGAUUGGUACUACCCAAACUAGGCAAGAAUAAACUCUUCGCAACAACAGCACAACAAAGAACAGCAGCAACAAAACCAGAUCGGUGUCGAUUGGAAAACGCCAAAGGCGAGGAUACACAGAAUACACUGUGUAAACCGCAUAAUGCGAAACCAUAUAAGUGAAAAUUGAAACUAAUUAACAACAUCUCCAUAAAUCCGCCCUUAUUUAGCCUCAAGUGAGACUAAAGAAAGGCAGCUGAUUGUCUCGGAGAAACACAAGGUCCACUGCACUAUUGCUCCGGUUAACGCAGUAAGGGCAAAAUACUGUGGAGAGUGCCCUGGUACUCCACAGGCUCCGUUUGCGAUUAGGUUUUUUAAAAGACUUCCCCCUAGCCAUUCAUUACUAGGAACGGUAAGCAUAUAGCCGCAACAAACCAUGAAUUAGAGGUCAUCUGUUAAGUGGACUCUUACCACCGGAACAGGUGGUCCGUAGUGUUAUUCUUAGCCAAUUGAGACAAGUGCUACCGACACUACACAGCUAUCUAGACUCAUCGAGAAAAGAUGUUAAUAUUGAUGAUCAAGUUCAUACGGGCUCGAAUUGCCGGCAAAGCUGGCUCCAUAUUCAAAGAGCCCUCCGCAUGUUGUGCACCACACAUACUGAGACGUGGUUUAUUGCUACAGUAAAGUGCGAUGUGGCUCAACUGCUAGCGUUUUGCACAGUGCAUUACCUUCGGCUAGUAGAGUUUAGCUGUAACCAGUGGGACGGCACGGUUGUUAAGCCCAUCAGCUCCAGGCAUGAUGGUAGUACGAACCAGAUAGAUCAUCAUCAGUCACUACUCCGCAGCACUCUAUCUGGAGACAAGACAGGUAUAACUUAUAAUACCGCGACAAGAGCUCUCAAAGUUAUGACUCUUGUUUGCCUGUUUGCUAUCACACACAGUAACACGUAGCUUGUCCCUGCUGAGUGAGUCUAUCUCCAGAACUUCACGAAACGAUUUUGCCAGAAGAUUUCCCGAUUUGUAACAGGAGAAGGCAUGAAGUUGCAUGUUCAGGAAAAAUCAUGGGAACCUGCGGGUUCUUGAGCAAUAGUAACGGGUAUUUUCUCUCUAGCCUCCAGAGCCUCUGCAUGCUGGAUCUGAGCAAUUGGAUCUUUGGUUCGAAGCGAAAAUAGUUCCUGUCAGGGAUUCUCCACAAUUUUUGCAACUGUAUACUCGUACAAUAAUUUGGCAAAUAUUCUUUCAAUGUUAUGCCUGGAAUUCUUUUGAAAAUUGUUAGAAAAAAGCCGAUGGGAAGUACUUCACGAGCUCUGGGAAAAUUCAGGGUGAUAAAUAAAGUCGACGAGUGAAAAUUCUCAUUGAAAUACGUACCUUGAUGAGAAUAAGUUAAGAAAUUGCUGCAGCUGUGUAUUUUUUAGUGGAAAUUGUAUUAUAAGGAAUUUAAAAAUUCAUGGUAUGUUUUUAAAGAUGAGUACCUUUAAUUUACAUUCGAGUUUUAUUAAAAAAUAUCCAAAAAUUCUUUAUGAUAAUACAAAAAUUACUUGGAUGAAUAUCGCCAGGGAUACUUCAUAAAAGUAGGUUCUAUAGACAUUGUUUACAGAAAUUCGUAAGACAAGAAAAACAGAAACUUUCUGCAAAACUGAUCACCUUUUUUAAAAACGUCAUUUAUGCUGGCGACUGGUUGACUGUCAUAUUUUUCAAGUAUCUAUGGUAAUGCGAAUUUGAAGUUCUUCAGAAAUGUCGCAAAUAAUUCAGGGUUUCGUCAAAAACUAUCAAAAGAUGUCGGUCAUGGUUUUGCAAUCACCUAUUUCAGUAUAUCCUGAGCAACGUUGAUUGCAAUUCAUACUUUAUCAUUUAAGGAGGAAUAUCUGAGACUGCAAGUAUGGCUGCCUCACUGGCUGACUUGAAUCCUUAUUUGCGUUUUAAUAGCACUAGUCUUGAAAACUCGUAAAUAAACACGUCUGAUUUGGAUUAUCUGCCUCUUUUUCAAGUGAUCUGAGACAGGUUAAACCAAUGCAGUGUGGUUCAAUGCUUCCAAGAAUGCUUCUUCCAUCAGAUUUGCAGUUUGUAUGCGAAUUUGGAACUGGGUUUUUGACGCUUCUGGGUGAUCAAAACCCCACAAAGCUUCUCCUAAAAGUAUUGUGAUGAAAACAUGAUUACAUCAUUGCUCUGCACUGGAAGCUUCUGCCUAAAGGUUUCAAAACAAGUCGCAAAAAUAUCAGAAACUUAAGGCUUCGAGUUAGCUAGCAAGUGUUAUGCUCGAAUUCAUAAAUGUUCCUCGAAAUCUGAAUGUCAAUAACUGAUGGAGUUUCUGCCCAGUAUUCUUUUCACGGUCCACGCAUUUCCUUGCUCAGAUACUCACACAUCUGUAGAAUCAUCAUAACUGACUAACUGUUUGUGGAGUGUAUUGAGAAUGUUGAACCUUGACCUGUAUUUUGAGUCAAAAGAGUCUACACAACUUCACCUAUUGUGAUAAUUCAAAACGUUAAACAGGUAGGCAAGCUACGUUAAACUCAUAUUGUUUUCCAGCAGAAGUCGCCUAGUCAACAUUAAUCCUCGCAAUUCCCCGACUCAAGCUACCUAUCGGCUUAAACGUUUUUGUCAACGUUUUUAAACCCUACCCCCCCCCCUAGUCAUUCUCCCACCACCCAGCUUCCAGAUCUUUCCGGAUGAAAUGAUUUUUCCGCUUUUUCUGUUUUUCCGGUUUGCCUGCGCGCGGCCUUCAACAACCAAAGCACCUAGUUCCCAUCCGCAGCGAACAAUGAAUGGGAACUUGGUCCCAUUUCAAUGGUACAGUCGGAUUUCCUACCCACUUCUAUUUACAGUACGUGGGUCGUACGCUCCUGAUUGUUUUCGAAGAAAUUUAGGCGAUGAGCCAUGAUUCAGUUGCUUCCCUAUGCCCAAACCAGUACUAAAAAAUAAUACUAUUCUCAUGUAACAUUUUAGUCAAAUAGACUAGAAGAGGUUUUAAGAUCCGUCAUAAAACCCGAAAAAAUGUAUCAGGUUUUAUGACGGUUCUUAAAACCUCUACUUGACAAAUUGGUCAUCAAAAUGUUGCUAAAUAAAACAAAUGUGAUAUCUAAGUGAAAAGUAGCAUCUAGGACACCGGACUGUACUGACUUGCUUUUUCUGCUCUUGCAAAAUCAGUGGAGAAAAAAAAAUGAAUGAUGCACUGCAAAACAACACAAACCGACGGGCGGAAGGAGAUGAAAGCGAACCUACACUGGCUGUGCUGUGCUGACUUGUGCUUAAAUGGUAGACUAAAGCAGUUUGUCCUAGUUUUGGGCUCUUGUCUCUGCUUGGCUGGGACAUUGGUACAAAAUGCAGUAUCAAAAUUGGGAAAAAUUCAGGAGUCAAGACUUUUUUAUAAAUGUUUGGUCAUGUAUAUAAACAAGGUUAUCCAACGGAACUAACGAAACCACAUUAAUGUUUUAUAUUUGAAUUAUAAAAUAUAAAAAUAGCCUCUUUCUGCGAUGAGAAAUUUUUUUUUUUUGAAAAAAAAAACAGUUUGAUGCAUUGGAAGUAAGCUUUCUACAGAAAAUUGAAAAAGGUUUAAGUUUUUAGAAAAUUAGAACAGUAUGAGAUCUAAGAUGGAUCCACGAUAAAUAUUGCUCUCCUUUUUUUUUAUUUUAUUUUCAUUUUUUUCUAAAUAUCCUUCAAACAUCUUUGAAGAAAAUAUUCCAACAAACUGUUUUUGACUUGAUAGCAGGUCAAUAUAGGGAAGGGGGACGAUUCCAGGGUUGAGCUUAUUAUAUCGUGAUAUGCGCCCCUGAUUUUCUGAAGAAGCUUUCCAGCAUUUCUCAUGGGCAUAUUUUUUUGGGUUUUUAGAUUCCUCUAUUGAAGGCUUCAUUUAACUCUCUUAUACUCAAUUUUUUUAUUUUGAUCUAAAUAUUAUUUUUCGUCAACUAAAAUCGAUUUAAACAUGAUUUGGAAGAUGAUUCUUUUUAACUCUCGAUUUCGUGAAUUUUAGUUUUUGAUUUUUCUAAUUUUUAUUUUUGAACAUCCCCACACUUUUAUAUUUUUCCUGGAAACCUAUUUGGAGUACGGAUUUUUUGAGAUGAAAACAUUUUGAGAUUUUAUGAUUACUGUUUGAAAUAUCUUUAUUUUCAUUUUUCCCAUAAAAAAAAUUUCUGUGUAAUUUAAAUGAAAAUAAUUUUAGAGGAUAUUCGAUUCCCUUAAACUAUAAAGCUAGGAUAGAAUGAUUUGGGAAAAAUUUAAAAUAUGCUAAUUGUAGCGAUUCAAUACAAAAUAAACAAUGAAUUCUAAAAGGUGGCUGAAACAUCAAUUUUUAAAUGAUUUUUAAAAAAUACACCAAAAACCAUUUUGAGAUAUACAAAACGGUCUAUCAGCAAAAAAAAAUCAAAAAAAUGAUUUUCCACGACACAAAAAAUUCAAAAAUGCUCAAACUCCGUCUAUAGGCGGGGUUGGGUAUUAGGGGGUUAAAAUGGUUGCAAAAUAUUACUUCACAACUAAACAUUACAAAUGCUAGGGUCAAAGCACUAGAUUCACCACUCCUCUAGUAAUUUUUUUAGGUAUGAAGUGGCGAAGCUUAGGGCAGAAAUUUAGGGGCAUAGGCUAGUGCUUUUACCCAAACAACCCAAGGGCGAUUACAAAAGAUAUACUCGGUGAAGUGCAGAAAAGCAUCACGAAAAUGUUUAAAAUGAAUUUUCCAGUGGAGAAUUCCUAAAAUAAUGCUCUGUGGAACUCACAGAAACUUAAGAAUUUCUCUAAGAAAUUUGUAAAGGAACUUUGGCAAAUUUUGGAAAAAAAAGUUCUAGAGGAAAAACUCUGUAAGAGUCCUCGUGAACAUUUUAGGGAAAUACUCAGAGUAGUUUCUGGAGCAAUUUUCGAAUAGGGAGCAACGAGGAAAAAAUUUUCGAAAAAUUCUCGUUAAAGUUUUUAAAAAAUUUCUUGAAAAAAAUUCUUGAAAAUUUCUCAGAAUAUUUCAAGAAAGACGAUUUUGAUGAAUUUCUGAAGGAUUUCUAGAAAAACUUUAAAGAAAACCCUGCAGAGUAUUCAACAUCCUUAGAAUAAUUUACAGAAAAUAAUCUGGAUGAAUGCCUUAAAUUUCUUACGAAGAAGUUCUAAGUCUAUCACGCCGAGGACCUGGGAUCAAAUCCCACUCCCGACAAACUCGCAAAAUGUGAGUUCUUCCUUCGGAAGGGAAGUGAAGCGUGGGUCCCGAGAUGAAUUACCACAGGGCUAAAAAUCCCGUUAAUACAAAUAAAAAAAAAAAAAGUUCUAAGUGAAUGAAUUUGCAGAAUUUCUAGAAAAAUCCUCCAAGAAACUCAUGGUAAAUCAUAUGAAGAACUUCUAAAAAAUAUUUGAGCAAUCCUUAGAAGAAUUUUUGAACUGAUUCUCUUUUAAAUUCCUGUAGGAACCCAAGAAGAAAUCUAAGCAUAAAAGUCAGGCAACGUUACUGAAGGAAUCAUCUUUUAAUUUGUAGGCAUUGGAGAAGUUAAAAAAAAUCUCCGAAAAAAACUCCGACAAAAGGAGCUUCGACAAAUUAUGGGAGAAUUUUCUAGACGAAAAACUUCGUAUGAAUCUGCGUGAAUAUUUUUUGGUGAAUCCACUGUGAAGUGGCAGCAAUAAGGAAAGCAAUUUUCCGAGGAAUUCUCGUGAAAUUUUUUGAUAAAUUCUUCGAAGAAAUUUCUUGAUAAUGUUUCGGGAAAAUUCAGAGAUGAUUUUUUGAAUGAUUUUUUGAAGGAUUUCUCACAAAACUUUUGAAUAAACCUCGCAGAGAUGCCUAGACAGAAUUUUUAGAAUUCCCAGAACAAUUUUCAGAAAAAAAUCUGGAAGAAUUUUUGCAAUCAUUAUUUUUUGAAAAAAAUCUAAAUUAUUUUGCUAAAAAGAAGUAUUGGAGAUAUUUUUAGAUGAAUCCUUUGAGGAACUCAUAGAAAUGGAUCUGGAGAACUUGCAAAAAAUAUUGGACAAAUCUUCAGAAAAGUUUCUGAAAUGAUUUUCUUGACAAUUUAGCCUGAGAGAAACCUUGGAGGAGUUUCUGGAGGAAUCAUCAAAGUAGUUCUACCGUAGGCAUCUGAAGAAUAUAAAAAUUUCACUGAGAAAACUGUGAUGAAAUAUCCACAAAUUUUGGGAGAAACAUCUGGAGGAAAACUUGUUUCAAGGGGAAUCCUUAGGGGAGUUACUGGAGCAAUGCAUGAUAAUGGAGGAGGAAUCUCGUGGCAUUUUCGGAAAAGCUUCUUGAAGAAACUUCUUGAGAAUUUCAGACAGAAUUUUAGAGUACUUUUUAGAAAAAAAAAAUUUGAGAAAUAACUAUUCUGAAUUAUUUUUAAUGAAGUAACAAAUGAAUUUGCCAGAAGAAGUAUUGAAACUAAUUUUAAGAAGAAUCAUCCAAGGAACUCAUGAAAAAACAUCUGAAGAAUUUCUGAAAAAUAUUUGAGCAAGCUUCAGAAAAAUUUCUGAACUAAUUCUCUCAAAAAGAAAUCUUAGCAUAAAAGGCUGCAAGAAUUCUUGGAAUAGAUUUUGGAGAAAUCAUUAUAAGAUUCCUACCGGAGUCAUCGGAGAAAUUAAAAAAAAACCUCCGAAAAAAAAUUGUGCAGGAACAAAUUUUGGGAGAAAUUUCUAGACGAAAAACUUCGUAGGUAUUCACGUAAAUAUUACUAGUAGAAUCCUGAAAGGAAUUUGUGGACCAAUCCUCGUAUGGGCAGCAUUAGGGAAGCAUUUUUUUCUAGCAAAUUGUUGAAUUAAUGAAUUUCAAAUGGAUUUUUCACAUUACUUUGUAGAAAAUUUUAAAUUAAUUCUCGAAGAUGUUUCAAGAGAAAAGUUAACAAGAUUUUUAUUUGAAUUUAUAGAGAAAAAAAAACCUUCAUAGGUAUCACUGAAAGAAAUUUCAGAGCAACUUUUUAUGGGAUUCUUCGGAUGAAUCCUCUGAGAUCUUCAUAAAUGUAUGUCCUCAGAAGAAUUCUUUCAAUUAUUUCUGAAGGAGUCAUCGGGGGAGCUUCUAGAGGCAUCAUUGGAAGAAUACUUGUAGCAAUUUCUGGAGCCAUCCGUGGAGGAAUCCUCUCAGAAAUUCAUGAACUGAUCAUCUUGAAAAUUCUAGUAGGAAUUCAAGAAGAAAUUUUACGAUGGUAGUCUGGAAGAAUCCUUAGAGGAAUCAUUAUAAGAUUUCCAACGGAAGCACCGAAGAAAUUCAAGAAUUUCUCUAAGAAGUUUGUGAAGGAAGUUCUACAAAUUUUAGGAGAAAAUUCUACAGGGAAAAACGGAAUCCUCGUGAUCAUUUCAAGGAGAAUCCUCUGAGGAGUUUCUGGAGCAAUUCUUGUAUUUUUUUUUCGGGGAAUUGGUUUUGAAAUUUUGAAAAAAAAAACAAUGUUGUUACGAAAGAUCACUUUUUUCUGAUUGACCAUGAUUUUUUAAUUUUUUUUUUAACUUUAUUUUGGAACUGAAAAUCAAUUUCAAAGAGAUUUUUAUAAAACAUAUUUCAACAACUGGAAAACUCCGCCUAGUACAAUGUGCGACAAGGGGGGCAAACGAUCAUGAGCACCAAAUUUAUUUUUUUAUAUAUUUUGGACGAAUACGCCACAUUCAGAAUAUGAAGUUAUCUCAACGCUGUUCAUUUCUGAAGAACUUCUCAAUGUAAUUUCUUGAGAACUUCUUGGAGAAAUUUUAUGAAUUUUUGGCGAAUUCAUCAUAGAACUUUGAAGAAAGCCUCGCAGAAAUAUUUACAAGAAAUCUCGGAGCUGUUUCUACAGAAAUGUUUUGUAGUUUUUUUUCGAAAUUCUAGCAAUAACCUUCACAAGAAUUCACAAGAAUGCAAAAAAAAAUGAGCAACCUCGGGUGAAUCCCUGAACGAAUUCUCUUAGAAAGAAUUUUAUGUUCUCGAAUAAAUUUUUGAAAAAAAAAUAUCUGGAUGGAUAUUCAGGGAAAUUUCUGAAGGAAUCAUUGAAAGAAUACUUGGAGUAAUUUCUGAAAACUUUAGAUAGAAAAAUUUCUAUAGCAAUCUUCGCAUGAAUUUUUGGAAUAGAAACUGUUAAGGGAAUCACAGAAAAAUCUUAAUGAUAUGGACACUUCUGCUGAAUAUUUCGGAUAAACUUUCCUUGAAAGUACCUUAUGAUAACUAUGGCGAAAAUUUGUGCAUUUGUUUUUGAAAUUUAUUUUUAAAAAUAGGUUUCUGGGAAACUGAUAAUUAUUUUCCACCAGAAAAAAAAGUCAGAUCUUUCUAUUCUAUCUGUGCAUAAAAUCCGAUUUUUUUAAAUAUUGCUCUGUUAUGUAAUAAAGUACCUACCAAAAAACUUAAGAAUGAGAAAAUGCUUUCAGUUUUGCCUUCAGAUGUUUUUUUACUUUCUAAUGGAACCCUUGAACGAUUUUCUAGAGGAAUCGUAAAAAGCACGUCUGAACAAAAUUCUCAUGCAGAAAUCCUUGAAAAAUUUCUGUAAGUAACAUCUAUUUGAAUCUUUGGAGAAAGUUUUUAACAAUUUCUGGAUAAAUCCUCAAAAGAAUUCUCAAUAAAAAAAAAUGUUCAAUUACUAGGGACAUUUUCUGAACAAUUCCUUGAGCAAAUCUUGAAGAAAUUUUAAAGGAUUUCCUCGAAAGAAUCCCUAGGGAAACCUUAUAUUGAAGGGGAAAUAUUGAAAGGAAUUUCCGGAAAAAUAAACGAAGAAUUUCUUGGAGGAACUCUCGAAGGAAUUGAAAAAAAGUCUAGGGUAGCAUACCUAAAAAUGUUUCGAAGAUUUUUUUAAACCUAUCGUAAGAAUUCCAGGAAUACUCUUAGCAGGAAUUCCUGAACAAAUUUACGAAUUAUUCUGCGGGAAAUACAGGGUUUACCUUCUGAAGUAAUUCUUGCAGGAUAUUCUGAAGGAAUUGUGGAAGACAUUUUCUAAAAAUAAAGUAGAAAAAAUUCUGUUUUUGAAGAUUUUUAAAGAACUCAUGAGAAAAUACUCAGACGAAUUCCGAAAAGCAAACACAGAAAUAUUCUUGAAAAAUUAUCUAUAAGAACUUUCGCUGGAACUAAAACAAAACCUUGGAUGAAAUUACAAAACUUUAGAAUACUAAUGGAUAGUGUGAAUAUUGCGUAACUCACUGAAUCAAUCCGUUCUCCGCCAUCUUGGCAAGCUACUGUAGAAUACGGAACCACACGAUGAAGGUGACUUGCUCCGCCAAAGCUCCUCUCUUCAAUAAGGCAGCUUCACGUUGACGACGUCGUCACGGUGCUGGCUGUCAAUGAUGCUUCCUAGGGGAAGGACACGCAAGGGGAAUAACACUAAACUAUAUUCACACCCCCAGAAAGAAAUUUCAAUCGUUUUGAAAGUGCUUUAAAAGAAUUUCUGUAAUGUUUUUGAUGAUUUUUUGAAUAUUUGUUUUAAGUUAUCAAAAUAUAAAGGGCCUUCAUUAGUCAGUCUGAGCAGCCUAUUUCUGUAAUGAAAAUCACGAUUCAAAACUGUGGAUGCAGUUCCUGCAAGAGUUUAUGAAAGAUGGAACAAUACAAAAAAAUGUUGGCAAAGGGAAUUAUGUACAUACGUCGCAUUCUAAGCUAUAUUUUGAAGUUAACUUAUUUUAGUUUUAUGGUGGUUCUUCAAACCACUAAGAGUUUGUUUGACUUAAAAAAUACUUGAGGUUAAAUAAAGGAAAUGUUUACUGAAUUGGACAUAUUCUUAGUUGAAAGGCAUGAUAUUGACUUUCACAAACAAUUACCAAAAUUGAUAAAAAAAACGAACAAAGUGGCAAAACGAGCAAUUCUUUAGAAUAUACAUUUUAUGCCACUGUCGUCCUACGUGUGUGGGCCGUUGAGUUUCACCAACGUUCACUAAAUGCACGCCAUGACACUGAGAAGGAAAAUGGCCGCUGAAAACGGUACACACAAUUAACAGUUCACGAAAGCAGGAUGCUACGUACCAUAUCUGUGUCAGUCUCGUGGUCCACAUGUAGGUUGUGUGCAAAUACGGCUCACCACGACUGUAGCAGCACCGUUCGUCAUUUCCAUCCACUUUGUUUGCGCUCAGUGGCCGUUAAUUUCCAGCUGGAUUCGUUCACGACGACUAGUUUCACUCUCAACCGUGCCAGCCAGCGGCUCCGUGUACCUGUACAGUACACCUUCACGACUCAGAAUCGGAUCAAAAGCUCCAACCGACGGUCAUCAACUGGUUGAUUAAAUAUGCGUUUGAAUGAGCUUAUGCUCCGUUGUUUUAUAAGUUAAAAUAAUAAAAAAAAAGAAAAAAAAAAACAGAUAUUGAAAUGAGAUGUAAUGAUAGUUAACGUUUUGAGAUAAUAUAUGUCGUUCCCCGUAUUACAACAGAAUAUACACGUUUAGAGAGAGAUUCACCUUUUUGCAGUAGAAUCGGCAGCAGGAAAACCAGAACACAGUCACACUCACAUUUGAACGUAACUCAGCCAAUCAGAAGACGGAAUCACGUAGGACAAACCAUAACAAUAAACAAAUUAACUGUUAAAGUAUUUACAAUGCAAGUUUACAGGAGAGGUAUGUUGUUUGAUAUUUGAAAAUCCUAAGAAAAAAAAAACAAAAUCCGCUCGUUUAAUGAAAUUUUAACAAAAACAAAACAGAGAAAAGUGGGAGACGAUUUCGUCUACACCUGUAGCGUCUUCGACUCACCACACGCAAAAAAUGACUGAUAAAAAAAAAACAAAAAACCGAACUUAGGACAAACCGUGUGUUACAACCAUAUUAUCGUUAGGCAGGAAAAUAAUCCUCUUGCUCCUCCUUUAGUCGACCGCAAAUGCUGCGAAAAUUGACCGGAGGUAUAGGGAACGUUGUUAGAUAAGUUGUUAAUAACAAAUGCUUCUUAAUGAAUUUUCUUUCUCUCGUUCAACAACUUUGCACCGUUACUUCCACACGAAUUAGAGGACAACUAAAACAAACCAACAAAUUAAAAUGAACAGAAACGUAAAGCCGAAACAGUGUUUGCUCAAUUUUCCAAACUUUUCACAAAAACAAGAAACCUGCUCCUACACAGUUAAUCAUGUGACUCUAUAUAGUGUAUCCACUCAAUUACUAAUACUAGCAGCUUAGGCACUUAGUAGCAGUGUGUACGUGUAAACUACUCUCUCCAAGUUUAGGUGUGCUAGCCGAUAGAAUGUUGUUAACUGAAAUACAAAAUUGAAUAGAAAAACAAAUCCAAAGUGGAUUUAUCCACUCUGUACAUAAAAAAGAAAAAAAAACGAAUUGAAAAAAAGACGAAAGUUCUGAACAAAAGCAGUGUUCUCCAGCAAAAAUCUAAGGAAAACACAGCUCCGACGGCGCAGUUACCAGUGUAACAAACACCUAAAUGUGAGGAAUGUGUGUACUAGAGGCAAACCGUUAAAUACACUAACAAAACAAACAGAAAACUUGAGAUUGAGAUAUAAUAAAUUAUGGAUUGAAAUAAAAUCGAAA